AUGGCCUUACUGUGUGGUUCACCGUCGGUCUCCUUCCCUUCAUCUUCAUUCACCCAUCACAAAAACGCAACAACCAAAUCUUCACUUAUUGCUUCCCAGUUUCCUCUCCCAACCCUUUCAUUGUCAACUCGUACUACCCAUUUCUCUCCCUCUUUCAUUGUCCGUUCUCAACAGGACACUUCCCUCGUAGAACAAGAUCCACGCUUCAUCACUGUUGAACCCGAGCCCCGAUUUCAAGGCCCGGACAUUUGGAACACGACGUGGUAUCCAAAAGCUUCGGAUCAUGUCAACACGGAGAAAACAUGGUAUGUUGUUGAUGCGGAAGAUAAAAUUCUUGGGAGACUGGCAUCAACUAUUGCGAAUCACAUCCGAGGCAAGAAUCUAGUGACUUAUACGCCUAGUGUGGACAUGGGUGCAUUUGUGAUUGUGGUAAAUGCAGAAAAGGUUGCUGUAAGUGGGAAAAAGAGGACACAAAAGCUUUAUCGGAGGCACUCAGGUCGACCUGGUGGUAUGACAGUCGAGACAUUUGAUCAGCUGCAGAACAGAAUUCCUGAAAGAAUUGUUGAACAUGCUGUUCGUGGCAUGCUUCCAAAAGGGAGGCUUGGCAGGACUCUAUUCACACGCCUGAAGGUUUAUAGUGGCCCGAAUCAUCCACAUGAGGCGCAGCAGCCGAUUGAUUUGCCAAUUAGGGAUAAGAGAAUACAGUUGCAGAGAUAA